ACCCCCUUCUUGAUCGAGUUAAAGAUUCCUGGCGGGAAACUGGGAGGAGAACUGAGGCCCGUAAAAACCUAGCUCCCUUCCCCUUUCUCCUCAAAACCCUACCUCCACUUCUCCUUCCUCGCGCCUCCAAAACCCUAGCUGAAAACCAGAGGGGAGAGGGAGGAGAAACCCUAGAAUUCCAACCUUCUCCUCGUCAAAGCCUCGCUCCGUCGGGCGAUGGCGCUCUACCUCCUCUUUGAAUCCGCCUCCGGCUACACCCUCUUCCACGCGUACGGCCUCGACGAGAUCGGCCAGAACACCGAGGCCAUCCGAAACUCGGUCCUCGACCUCACGCGCUUUGGCAAGGUGGUCAAGCUCGUCGCCUUCCACCCUUUCUCCUCCGCCCUCGAUGCCCUGAACCAAUGCAGCGCCAUCUCCGAAGGGCUCAUGACCGAUGCGUUGAGGAACUUCUUGGAAAUCAACCUUCUGAAACCAAAAGAGGGGAAGAAGGCUAAGUUCAGCCUCGGCGUUGCAGAGCCCAAGUUUGGGUCUCAGGAAGUGACCAAGAUUCCUUGCCAGAGCAAUGAGUUUGUUCUCGAGCUCCUUCAUGGUGUCAGGUUGCACUUUGAUAGGUUCAUUAAAGACUUAAAGCCAUCAGACUUGGAGAAGGCUCAGCUGGGUUUGAGUACAAUCAUUGUUCAGGAUCUCGGUCAUUUGUUACAACAAUGACUAUACCGCUGGAGUUUAAUAGUUCUGAAUAUCUUGAAUUUUCAGAAUUCUAUAAGAAAACUCAUACCAAGAAGAACAAAGAGUGAAUUGAUCCUAUUUGCGCCG